CUUGGAAGGUGACUUCUCCCACCCCCAGUAGAUCAGUCUGUAGCCAGAGACCAGCCAGCAUAGGAAAGGUGGCCCCUUGUCUCACGGUGGGGACCAACACUCUGUUCAGUGUCAGCUCCAGAGCUCCCCGUGGUGUCAGGCUGAGUCAGAUUCUCACUGGGAGCCCAGCCUAGCUUAGCUCCUUCCUCUACCUCAUCUUGCUUCCUCCCAUGUUUUCUCCUUAGACACCCCCUCAGUACAUUACAUGCACGGAACCCCUGCCUCAGGCUCCGCAUAGAAGCAACUUGACCAGAUACAGGUGCUGUCAGAGCCCAUCAAAGGAGGCAGUGAUUUAGGUGGGCAGUUCAGGAAGGCCAUCUCAAGGAGGGCAUGGUUGAGCUGGGAUUUGCAAGAUCAGAGGAAGUGAAAUAGGUGGAGAGUGAAUGGAAGGAUGCUACAGAGGAGAAACAACAUAUACUGAGUUCUGGUGGAUAGAAAAUAUGAUCUGAAGGCUGAAAAGAAGCUGGUGUUUGUGAGCAGAGAGAGAGCCCCUCCAGGUAAAAAUAUCAACAGAAAAGGCAUGAGAACCAAGAGCUCUGAGAAGGCUGCCAGUGAUGAUCAUGGCGUCCCCCUGGCCCGUGACGCUGUCCGAGAGGGUUGCCCACCUCUUGGUCUGGAAACCUUAAGAAUCACAGACUUCCAGCUCCACGCAUCCACUUCCAAGCGCUACGGCCUGGGGGCGCAUCGGGGGAGACUCAACAUCCAGGCGGGCAUUAAUGAAAAUGAUUUUUACGACGGGGCGUGGUGCGCGGGGAGGAAUGACCUCCACCAGUGGAUUGAAGUGGACGCCAGACGGCUGACCAAGUUCACGGGUGUCAUCACUCAAGGGAGGAACUCGCUCUGGCUGAGUGACUGGGUGACCUCCUAUAAGGUCAUGGUGAGCAAUGACAGCCAUACGUGGGUCACUGUUAAGAAUGGAUCUGGAGACAUGAUAUUUGAAGGAAACAGUGAAAAGGAGAUCCCUGUACUGAACGAGCUGCCUGUCCCCAUGGUGGCACGCUACAUCCGCAUAAACCCCCAGUCCUGGUUCGAUAAUGGGAGCAUCUGCAUGAGGAUGGAGAUCCUUGGCUGCCCGUUGCCAGAUCCGAAUAACUAUUAUCACCGGCGGAAUGAAAUGACCACCACCGAUGACCUAGAUUUUAAGCACCACAACUAUAAGGAGAUGCGCCAGUUGAUGAAGGUCGUGAAUGAAAUGUGCCCCAACAUCACGAGGAUUUACAACAUUGGCAAGAGCCACCAGGGCCUGAAGCUGUACGCUGUGGAGAUCUCCGACCACCCCGGGGAGCACGAAGUCGGUGAGCCCGAGUUCCACUACAUCGCCGGGGCCCAUGGCAACGAGGUGCUGGGCCGGGAGCUGAUGCUUUUGCUGAUGCAGUUUCUGUGCCAGGAGUACUUGGCGGGGAACUUGCGCAUCGUCCACCUGGUAGAGGAGACCCGGAUCCACAUACUCCCCUCCCUGAACCCCGACGGCUACGAAAAGGCCUACGAGGGGGGUUCCGAGCUGGGAGGCUGGUCCCUGGGCCGUUGGACCCAUGACGGGAUUGACAUCAACAACAACUUUCCUGACUUAAACACGCUGCUCUGGGAGGCAGAGGACCGACAGAACAUCCCAAGGAAAGUUCCCAAUCACUAUAUCGCCAUCCCUGAGUGGUUUCUGUCUGAAAAUGCCACGGUGGCAGUAGAGACCAGGGCAGUCAUAGCCUGGAUGGAAAAAAUCCCCUUCGUGCUGGGUGGCAACCUGCAGGGGGGCGAGCUGGUGGUGGCCUACCCCUACGACAUGGUGAGGUCCCUGUGGAAGACCCAGGAGCAUACCCCGACUCCCGACGACCAUGUCUUCCGCUGGCUGGCCUACUCCUACGCCUCCACUCACCGCCUCAUGACGGACGCCAGGAGGAGGGUGUGCCACACGGAAGACUUCCAGAAGGAGGAUGGGACCGUCAAUGGGGCUUCCUGGCACACUGUGGCUGGAAGUCUCAACGAUUUCAGCUACCUUCACACAAACUGCUUCGAGCUGUCCAUCUACGUGGGCUGUGAUAAAUACCCACACGAGAGCGAGCUGCCCGAGGAGUGGGAGAACAAUCGGGAAUCCUUGAUCGUGUUCAUGGAGCAGGUCCAUCGGGGCAUCAAAGGCCUGGUGAGGGAUUCGCAUGGAAAAGGAAUUCCAAAUGCUGUUAUCUCCGUGGAAGGCGUUAACCAUGACAUCCGGACAGCCAGCGAUGGGGAUUACUGGCGCCUCCUCAACCCUGGAGAGUAUGUGGUCACAGCCAAGGCAGACGGUUUCACCUCGUCCACUAAGAACUGCAUGGUUGGCUAUGACAUGGGGGCCACGCAGUGCGACUUCACGCUCAGCAAAACCAACCUGGCCAGGAUCAGAGAGAUCAUGGAGAAGUUCGGAAAGCAGCCCGUCAGCCUGCCAGCCAGGCGGUUGAAGCUGCAGGGGCGGAAGAGACGACAGCGCGGGUGACCUCCCAACUCUUGAGUCAUGCCCUGGACCCCUGCAAAUUAAACCGCCUUGGUUGUAGCUCCAUAGAGGACUCACUCCUUGUUGUUUUCUCUGUAAUUCAUGAAGGCCUGGGAGUAUGUGUGCCUGCAAGGCUGGUCCCCAGCAGGGGACUUAGGAUAGUUUCUUUGUUCCCAUUUAUCCAAAUAACUUGGGCAAAGCAGCAGAGGAAGGCUGGUAGAGGUGAAAUAAUUCAACAAGCCAACCUGAGACUCUGAGAGAGAGAGACGGAGGAGCUUGCCUGUUGAGGGUCUCCAGGCUGUACAGGAAAGGAAACCGGUGCUUCUCCUGUCUGCGUGACAGUAAGAAUUCCUGGUGCAUUUGCAAUUUGCACAGUGAAAGUGGCAGCAUUCCCAGGGCUCUGCUGUCCCAAAUGUUACCAGCGGAGAUGCUCACAAGCAUUCUAAGAACCCAGCCUCUCUGGCCCCAGGACAUUCUGAGCUGCUGCAGAUGAAUCCUGCACUCUGUUGACAAUAGAGACAUUACCAAGUGAGCUUCAGUCUGCCUCUUGAUUUAGCUUAGUUCCCCUUUCAACAAAGGAUCAUGCUCAUAAAAGGAGAAAAAGGCUGAAAUAAUUCAAGAGUGAAUGUGGGCAGCAGGCGUGCAUUGGGUCGAGUGGUGUGCAAUGAGGCCCACACAGAACCCCCAAAACUUCCCGCUGCUGCAGUCGAGGGCUCCCUAAACAGGGACAGAAGGAGGCGCCAGCCUCCCUAAGGAACCAGAGCAGUUAGCCUGGCUCUCUGACCUGCUGGGACUUGAAAAGAGCAAAAGAGGCUGACCGCCAGCCCUCCCUGUUCAAAAAGUCCUCCUUUCCUGGAAGCGAGUACUCCUAAGCUGGCCUGACAUCACCCUGGCAGUUAUUUUUGGUAUGUGGGAUGCUGGGCCAUCCAGAUUAGACUCCAUUUGAUGAAAAGCUCUUAGAAUUAUCAGGGAGCAUUGGUGUGGGAGGGGUUAUUGAAUCUCCAUGCAAGAGCACAGUUCGUCUCGCUUUUUAUUAAUGUUGCUGCCUCACUGACCUGGGAAGAAGAGAAAAAUAAAGCAAGUGGUGAGAUCCUU